UCUAAUCAAACAAAACAGACCAGCUCACACCACAAGCCGCCACUGAAUAACCAAUAUAUAGUCUCCAUAAAACCCACCUUCAGAUACCAAUUUUUCUUCGUCAACCUUUCAAAAUCCCAUUCUCAAUCAACAAAAUAUUUCAAGAAUGUGUAGAACCACGGAUUUUCAUGGGUUCUUGCCUAAGGAUCGAAAUAGCUUAAAGAUUAAAGCCUUCUUUAUUCGUUUCUCUGGUUUAAAAUCAUGCAAGAAUAUGCCUGACUCCCUCACACUUGCUUAUCUUCCUCGCAUUAAUGGAGCUGAGCUUCUCGUUGAUGGGUCUAGCGUAAAAUCUGAUGCACCUGCGUUCUUGACGCUGCAUAGAGUCGUUAACGUCAAAACCAAAGGAGAGGCGGUUUACGGGUCUAGAGAACGGGUUCGAGCAAGUGGAGCGGUUCGGUUUGAGGUUUUACUGGGAGAUGAGAGAAUCUUGAAAGGAAUGUAUGGGAAAAAUAAGGAGGACGAGUGGAAGCUGGAGUGGAAAUGUGCGGUGGAGAAUGAGGCGGUUGUUGUUGGCGGAUCCACGGCGGAUGUUGCGGUGGCCGUUGAUGGGGAGGUGCCGAUUUUGAGUGGGAGGGUGGAGAUGGCGCUUUCUAAGAGAAGAGGAGGGUUUGAUAGACUGGAGGUGAUUCCAGAGGAAAAAGACGAGGGUCAUGAUCGUGAUGAAUCGGAAAAUAGUUUGGACGGUGAGGAUGAUUUGGAGGAAAGUUAUGGUCCUGAUUGUGAUAUGAUGAUGGAUUCAGAAGGAGUAACGUGGGCCGUUGAUUUGGGUAUUUGGGUAAUGUGUUUAGGAGUGGGCUACUUAGUUUCUAAAGCUUCUGCUAAAAGCUUCAGACGCUUGAGACUAAUUUAAUCUAGGCUUUAGCUUCAGCUUCAGUCCAGUUUUGUUCUAUCUGACUCACUAAUUUAUUUUUCUUUUUGUAUAAAUGCUAUCAAGAAACUAAUCGAAGGAAUAAUACAACUAUGCCGAUUCCAACUAAGGCAAGAAAAAUAAAAUUCCUGCUGAUUUCUUUUAUGUAUAUAUUUUUAGAUUCAUUA